GAUAGGGUAAACAACACGGCUCAGAGUGUACAGGGUAACAGACAGACAGACACCCACACACGCUGUCAGAGCUCGCCUAGGAAAAGGGCAGCAAUCAGACAGAAAAGCUCUUGGUUCCCUGAGUUAUCACAGCCCUAUAAAAUUCAAGAAAAAGUUCAGCAAGGAUGUCUAGAAUUAUUAUUUUAAGCGUGUCUCUUGUACUUGCCCUGGGAAGUUGUAAGGGAGAAGACUUUUACAGUUACAAGGUCCAGGAUCACUUAGGAAACGACGUGUCUCUGGAAAAAUACCGUGGCAAGGUGACACUUGUUGUGAAUGUGGCCAGUCGAUGUGGGUACACAGAAGGAACCUAUCAAGCCCUAAAGAAGUUACAUGAUAUUCUGAGCUUUGGGGAUUAUUUUUCUGUUCUUGCCUUCCCCUGCAACCAGUUUGGUGAUCAAGAACCACUCAACAUGCCUGAGAUCAUUGAGUUUGUUACUAAUGAGUUCGAUGUCGAGUUCCCAGUUUUCAACAAAAUCAAAGUGAUAGGGGAGCAUGCUGACCCUGCUUUCAAAAGACUUACUGAGGAAUCAUCAGUAGUGCCAGACUGGAACUUCUACAAAUAUCUGGUGGAUGAGACAGGCCAUGUUGUUGCAGCUUGGGGGACACGUACUACCAUAGAGGAUAUUAUCCAGGCAGCUGUUGAAAAAGCCAAGGCAGCAACCAAAUCCAGCAGUAACCAGACUGAAAAAUCAGUCACUACAGAUUCAGAAGCUGUAAAAGAUGAACUGUAAAGGCCAAAGAUUGAUGUUUUGUAGCUGAUAAAUUGUUGUUAGUUACACUGUAUAUUGUUGAGUAUAUCAGGUAAUGAGAGAGACUGUUAAGUCUGGUGAAUUAUUUAUAUGUUUAUAUGAUUACUCUGACUUGAUGAUCUUACAGUUUGCUUGAGAUUCAAUAUUAGUUGAUACAAUAUCAAAUAUUCCACUCAGAGCUUCCAAACUACUGUAUAUGUUUAGCUUUGCUUAAAACUGAUCCAUCAUCUACCAUUGUCAAUAACUUGUGUUAGAAUAAAGCUAUUGAUAUGGUUUUAUAGAUACAGAUUUCUGUACAGUAUGUAAUUCUAAUUACUACUGUGUAAUAAUUUUUCAAUCAUUCCCACAUAUUACAUGCCACUUAUCGGUGCCAUUACUGUGAAUAAGAACUGAUCAUUAGAUAGCAUUUUAUUAAAUACAUAGUGUGCAUUUUUUUAUGGUUAAUCUGGUAUUGGUUGACCAAGACAUAUUUUUUAAUUAAAGAAAUUAUUAUUUUCAUAAUAGAUGACAGUACAGUAUAUGAUUAAGAAAUACUGUCUAUAGUAUUUUAUAAAUUGAAAAAUUUUAGGAAUGCAGAAGAUAACCAAAAGAGAAAACCAAAAGUCAUAGUUAGUUCAAUCAUCUUUAUGAAUGAGGGUUUUAGAUUUCUUUGUGAAUGUAAGUUGUUUCUUUUUAGUUCAAACAGUUAUUUAAGGUUAUUGGAGGCACUGUGACACCUGCAGGAUCUUGACCAAACAUUUUAUCAUCCAAGUAUUGCCAGACUUGUGUUGAAGAUCCCAGCAGCAUAUUGAUGAAACAUAUUGCAAGUUGGUUUGGUUUUACAUUACAAGUACUGUAGUUGCUUGUAUACAUUAAUGUGUGAAAAAUAGGUUCCUUCAGAAAGUACACAAAAAGGGAAACAUUAAGCCAAGAAAAGUUUGAGAAUGGUGUAAGAUGCAACAAAAAGAAAUAGAAAGUAUAUACUGUACUGUAUUCUGAAGAUUAAAUUUUAAUUUCAAAAUGUAGGUAAGUGGUCAGCAGUGUAAACAUGGCUAUAAAUGUAUGGCUGUAAGUAGGACUCACUAUCCAUAAUUAUGUCCUCUCCUAUUUAUUACUACAUCCCAUUUGCAUUCAGUGUCCCCAUUCUAGUGCUAUCCUCCUGAAGAACUACUGAGCUCUCCUGCCAUAUUACAUCUCUUAUUGUCUCCACAAAUAAAGGUCCUCUGGUUAGUGAACACCAAAUCUAGGUAUGUCCUUAGAGACUGAUGUCAUUCUUGUUCACCAACUGACAUUGGUGUACUCCCUCCCGUGUUUUCAGCUACAUCACCUACUCUGCUGUGCCUCACAAUCUUAGGAUUCUGAAAGAUAUUUAACUAUAUUUAAACCACUUUUGAGAAAAUGUCAAUUUGAUUGCAAGUACAAUGAGGUGCCUCUCAGACCCUGAUGUAUAUGAGGAAAGUGUGUUUCUCCCUUCAUGAAGGAUAGUACAGGUGCUCCUCUACUUAAAGCGAGUUACGUUCCUGAGGCUUGUUUGCAAAUCCAGUUGUAACUCCAACUUCACUCUUGUAGAUACCAAACUCAUUGUAAAAAAUGAAAAGAUUAUGGAUAUUUAGUACAGCUAUACCUUUUAAUACAGCCUUAAAACCUGGCUCACUCUUUUCUUAGGUAAUGUUUGUUC